UUCAAGCUGCUCUCUCUUGUUGGUUUGUUAUUGAUGUCAACACAGACGACGGAUGCGAAGAAUUCAGAGGAUAUCCGGUGUAAAUGUACCUGCCCACCGUACAGAGACAUCGAUGGACAGAUCUACAAACAAAAUGUAUCUCUAAAGGAUUGUAACUGCCUUCAUGUUGUGGAGCCAAUGCCAGUUGAUGGAAAGGAUGUGGAGGCGUACUGUCUGCGUUGUGAAUGCAAAUAUGAGGAGAGGAGUUCUGGAACUAUCAAGGUGACUAUCAUAAUCUACCUUUCCAUCCUGGGCCUGCUGUUCCUCUAUAUGGUGUACCUGACCCUGCUGGAGCCCAUGCUGAAGAGGACUUUUGGACACUCACAGCUUCAGAAUGAUGAUGAUGUCGGGGACCAGCAGCCUUUUGCCAACGCCCACAACGUAUUGUCUCGUUCGGCCUCUCGCCCAAACAUGCUGAACAAAGUGGAGCACGCUCAGCAGCGCUGGCGGAGGCAGGUCCAGGAACAGAGGAAGUCUGUGUUUGACCGCCACGUGGUGCUCAGCUAAACCCAUCCCCAGGAAACAAAAAACCCGGGGUGAAGCAAAAAAAUGUUACUGUGACUGGGUGUUCCCUCUUUUUUCUUUCUUUUUUUUUCUUCUAUUUUGUCUG